GGAGGAACAUCUCGGCGGUAAUGAGCUGCAUGGAACCUUCCUCAGAGAUCGCUAAUGAGGCGCCGUGUUCGCCUCACAGGAAACCAGCGUGCGCCGGAACCUUCCGUGACGAAGAAACCCCCCCAACCCAUCAUGGGAAUAUUCAACAUCCUUUGAAAAGAAGACACAAAUCAAAGUUUGUUUGCGAUCAACGGCACGGCGAAGGACUUCAUCCGUGGGUUUGGCGGCAAGCAUCGGCUAGGCGUCAGGUUCUCUUUGGUUUCCCGCUCGUUCCGUCUUGCGUGGACUCCAGCAGGCAGCAUCCAAGAUGGACAACGAGAUGUUCCCACAAGACAACAAGGCGGGAGACGCGUGUUCCCUCAAUUCUUCUUCAUCUUGGUCAGGAUGCAACGUGACCCACGAGGAGGGCUGGGAGCAGGAGAGUCUGUCCCCCAUCAUCCCCAUCAUCACCGCCCUCUACUCGCUGGUCUUUGUGGUGGGCUUGCUGGGGAACUGCCUGGUCAUGUACGUCAUCGUCAGGUACACCAAGAUGAAGACCGCCACCAACAUCUACAUCUUCAACCUGGCGCUGGCCGACGCCCUGGUCACCACCACCAUGCCCUUCCAGAGCAUCGACUACCUGCUCAACACCUGGCCCUUCGGCCAGGCCGUGUGCAAGGUCUUCAUCGCCAUCGACUACUACAACAUGUUCACCAGCAUCUUCACGCUCACCAUGAUGAGCGUGGACCGCUACGUGGCCGUCUGCCAUCCCGUCAAGGCGCUGGAUUUCCGCACGCCCGCCAAGGCCAAGGCCAUCAACGUGUGCAUCUGGUUCCUGUCCUCUACCGCCGGGAUCCCCGCUCUGGUCCUGGGGGGCACGCAGACCAGCGGGGGCAUCACAGAGUGCGCCUUACAGUUCCCAGAGCCGUACGUCUACUGGGACACGCUGAUGAAGGUCUGCGUCUUCGUCUUUGCGUUCGUGGUGCCGGUGCUGAUCAUCACCGUGUGCUACUCGCUCAUGGUCCUGCGCCUCAAGAGCGUGCGAAUGCUGUCGGGCUCGCGGGUGAAGGACCGGAACCUGCGCCGCAUCACCCGCCUGGUGGUGGUGGUGGUGGCCGUCUUCGUGGUGUGCUGGACGCCCAUCCACAUCUUCAUCCUGGUCAAGGCGCUGGUGCGCGUGCCCGAGACCACCGCCAUCAUGGCCGCCUACUUCUUCUGCGUGGCGCUGGGCUACACCAACAGCAGCCUCAACCCGGUCCUCUACGCCUUCCUGGACGAGAACUUCAAGCGCUGCUUCAAGGACUUGUGCCUGUCGGCCAGGAUGAGGCGCCAGAGAGCCGCGGGCACCAGGAGGGCGCUGGAAGUGGUGCGGGAGGCCCAGGUGCCGCUGCGGAACCCGGACGAGAACAGUAAGCCGGCAUGACUAGCCGUGGAACUGUCUUCGGUUUCUCACGGCGGGAAAGAAGACUCCCGAGACCUCGGACUCACUCACGUCACGUCCACCUUGUAGACCAGGUCUUCACCUCCAGGACAUUUUCUUCAGAAACGGAAUUACUAAUACUCUCUUUCCUUUAAGACCUCUUGAUUGAAUUCUUGGUCUGCUCACAUUUGGCAAAGGGCUACAACGUUACACACUACACUACACAAGUUACACACUACACUAUACACGUUACACACUACACUAUACACGUUACACACUGCACUAUAUAUGUACACACUACACUAUACAUGUUACACACUACACUAUACAUGUUACACACUGCACUAUACAUGUUACACACUACACUAUAUA